AUGAUAAAUAUAACAAGACCAUUGACUCCAAAUUCAAUUGGAAAUUCAGUGUACACAAAACAAACAUCACAUCAUUAUAAGAAAACAUCGUCUAAUACUCAAACCAAAAAAUCAUUUGUACAAGAAAAGUACCCAAAAGAAUUAUAUCAAUCAGAAAUAAGAGUCCAUAAUCAAAGUUUAGCUGAAUAUGAUUUGGAUAUUUAUGAUAUAAUGGUUGAUUUAAUAGAAUCCAGCAAACCAAACUUGUCAUUAUAUAAACAACAACCAUACUUAACAUUCACCAUCAGAUUGAAAUUGAUUGAUUUCUUGUUGAAAAUGUCCAUUAGAUUGAAAAUACUUCCUUUUGUGUUUUUCAAAGCUGUUAAAAUAUUUGAUAGAUAUUGUUCUAAAAGAAUAGUAUUGUUAGAUCAAAGUCAAUUAAUUAUAACCACAUGUUUAUGGAUUGCCAGUAAAAUCAUUGGUGGUAACAAUCAUUUUGUUAACAUGAAUAAUUUGGAAAAAAUUGGUUUUAACAAUUUCAGAACUAUAAGUGAUUUGGGUUAUGGAUCUGGUGGUAAAUUCAUUGGUCCUACUGAAAGAUUUAGAUUGCCUAAAUUGCAUGAAUUGGUUAAAUUGUGUGGUGCUAAAUGUAAAUAUGAUCAAGGAAUGUUUAAGCAAAUGGAAGUGCAUGUUUUAAAUACUUUGGAAUGGUCCUUAAAUGAUCCUUCAAUAGAAGAGUUUAUUAUUGAUAGUCAUGAGUUUAAUGUCCUUGAUGAUGAUGAGUUUGAUGAUGAUCACAUAGAGUUUUUCAAAAUCAAAGAAUAUUUGAGUUAUGUUGCUUUAUAUUCCCAUGAAUUGAUUGAUAUUAAUAUUAUUGAAUUGGGACAAGUUAUUAUGGAUAUAAUUAAUGAAGUUUUCCAAUUACAGCCAACAGAUAGAAACUAUCAAACCAUCUUGAAUUGUGAUAGUGCCCAUCCAAUCAGAUUUGACAUUGCUAGAUAUAAGCAUAUUAAAAAAGCAUUGAUCAAAUCAAUUUUCAAUUCUUCAGAUUUCAUGUUAAAAGUAUUCAAUUCAAGAGGUCCACAAUACCUUUACAGUCAAAUCAACUUACAAUACAAAUUCAACGCUAACAAUUCUGUCAUCAACAAUAGCACUACAACUACUCCAAUUUCCUACAAUUCAAGAUCAUCAUCUGUUUCAUCAACUUCAUCUAAUAGCACUCCAAGAAGUAGCAACACUGCAUGUACUACUGCUGCUACUACUCCAACGACAUCAACAGCUAAUACCACAAACAGUAUCAUCAUGGCAACCACUCCUCAAAAGAGAACAAAGAAUUAUUCUAUAUCUUCUUCUGUUUCUUUAGGAGUCAAUUCACCAGCUGCAUCUAGUCUUUCUUCCACAUCUACAGGUGGUAAGAAAUUGCAUACUACUCAACAACAACAACAGUCUACUUAUCAACAACCACAAAUGCAUUCCAACUUUCAUUCUUAUCAAAUGGUUACACCUCCGCCACAUCAUCAAUCUAAGUCUUCAUCAUCGUCUUCAAAUCACCACUUUCAUAGUCAAAUACCCGCACCUCAUCAAUUAUCUUUCAAUAGUUAUUUCAAUUCUCCAAAUAUGCAACCACCUCCAAUCAAAUAUAGUGAUAUGGUUACAAACAGUGCUAAUUCUAAAAUGACUGCUAGUUCUUCAGCAAGUAUAAUUUCUUCUAUUUCAAAUACUUUUGAAGGUAAUGAUUUAUUCGAAAAGAGAUUUAUUACAAAUUCAAGCAGUUCAAGUACAUUAAAUGGAGUCAUUACAAAUGGAGGUAAUCAUAAUGGUGUAACUGGUGCUGGUACUCCAUUGAGUGAAAAUGAAUCACCAAUUUAUACAAAGACUAGAUUAUCUAAUAUGUUACAAUAA